CUAGUGCCCCGACCCUCCCUGUCGGUACACCCCAGCCAGGGGGUGUCCCUGGGGGACAAUGUCACCCUGCGCUGCCACCUGCCCCAGCCGGCUGCACGAGUUGAGCUCUACAAGGAAGGAUAUUCGGGACUUCAAAAGCAAGCACACAUGGACAUGGUACAGGACAUGGCUGAGUUCCACUUGAUUAGUGUAAAGAAAGAAGAUGCAGUGAGAUAUCAGUGCCAGUACUGGGUGCUGGAGCCACCAGAGACAUUGGAGAAGAGUGAACCCGUGGAGCUGGUGGUGACAGAUCCCAGCUAUCCCCCAGCCAACAUUUCCCUGAUCCCCAAGGAACGUGUGGAGACGGGGACCAAUGUCACCAUCCAGUGCGGCAACCAGGAGUAUGGGGGCAUCAUCUUCCUGCACAAGGAUGGGCACUCAGCCCCUCUCCAGCAACAAAAACCCAAUGAAGGCGGCACAGCCACCUUCACCCUUUUUGCAGUGACCCCAGCUGACUCUGGCACCUAUAGGUGCUCCUACCGCGCUGGGGGCUCUUACCAUCUGUCCUCAUGCCUCGGAGAUAAUGAGACCCUGGAAGUGAUUGCCAGAUCUGCACAUCCAGGUGACAAUAGGGGUCCCAGUUUGAACCCGGUGGCAGCGGUGGCUGGGAGU